CUGUGUUUUGUUAAUAUUUGGUUUGAGAGGACUUUUUAAAUUUUUUCUUUUUUUGGUGAUCAUGUCAUUUGUCCAUUUUUGCCUCCAUUCUAAUUUCCAAACGUAUGGGUUAUUAGUCUUGGAGCACCGCUCUGACCCGUGCAUUUCAUUUAGUUUUUAAGAUUCAAUGUAAACAUCCUUGAAAUUUUGACUUUUCGCUGUCUUAGAUAAUGUAUAUGUGCUGUUUACGUGGUGUCUGUGUAUCUUGAUAGUAUUAAGCGCUAAGUGUAAAGGCAACCAGGUAUAGCCUAAUUACUCGAGCCUUUGUAACUAUCCAUGCUCCUCUUUCUCUCGACUAUUUCUUGCUGGUGUUAAAAUGCCUUUAUUGCACAAGAAGCCAUUUAAUCCAAAUAAACAUCCACCUGACUUAAAGGAAAAUGAAGAGGUCUUCUUUUGCAGGCUAACUCUUGAAAUAUUUCGAGAUUAUGAGGAGUUUUGUGAACGAGUCAUCUUGUGUAAUUCACUCGUUUGGUCAUGUUCACUUACCGGACGGUCUCACCUUACAUAUCAAGAAGCAGCAGCCAGUGAAGAAAAAGUUAAAAGGCUUCUAAAACGAUUUCCAAUGGAGUUGAGAAUUCCUGUGCUAUAUUUAUCAUCCUUAUGUGACAGACGUUCACUUGUUGAAUUAGCUGAAGAUGUUUAUUCCUUUGUGAAAGAUAGAUACUUCAUUGGUGAAACUGUUGAAGUGAAUCUUUCUGAUGGACAAUCUGAACCUGUUAAAUGCCAUGUUCUUGCUGUGAAUCCACCAAACAAAGAGGAAAUUGAAAAGUAUGAAGAGAAAAUUGUGAAAAAUGGUGAGAGGUAUCCAUGGGUUCCUGCUCCAUUAUACCGGUACGAAGUAGAGCGAAUGGAUACUUCCGAAGAGGCUGAAGUUAGUGGUGUUCUCAUCUCUCGCAAAAAGUCAUCUUAUACGAAAGAUAAAAACAGGCUUUAUAUCAAGCAGUUUGUUCAUUUGGAAAAUGGAUUUUGGAGAUUAAAAGAAAGCUCAAAUAUGAAGUAUGGCAUUUCGAAAGUGAAGUUUGAACAAAUUUUUUGUGGUGCUGCUCCUGAAAUGAAUGUUCUUAAAUCCAAUAAUGGAAUCGAGAAGAAAAAAGGAUCAGUUGGAAAGAAGCAAGAAACUAUUAACAAAUAUUUUAAAUCUUCUGAUAAAAAAUAUAACAUCGCUCCAAAGAAGAGCCCAAAAAAAAGUGGUGAGUUCUUGGAAAGACGCAAUGGUGGAGUAAUUAGGAAGAGGAGGACUAAAAAAGAAAUGGAAGAAGCGCACAGGCUUGGAAACAAAUUUGGUCCAAAAUAUAAAUCAUCUUCAGUUGAAGCAAAGCAAAAAGAAAAGCUGGAGAAAAGGGAGAAAAAGAAAAAUUUAGCUGAAUUUUUGAAGGAAUGGAAUUUGAAAAGGGAAGAUUUGGAAUGUGAAGAUCUUAAGGAUCUACCAGUUCCUACUCCGGUGAACAGCAAGCUUUCAAAUGAAAGGUUUGGUGAUGCUGUAAUGAUAAUGGAGUUUCUAUUUUCCUUCAGAAAUAUAUUACCAGUCAAAGACUUCUUUCCAAAUGGUGUUACAUUUGAUUUGGUUGAAAGAGCUCUGAUCGAUAACGAAAUUUCAGGUCCACUGAGUGAUCUAGUUCAUCUUCUUCUCCAAGGAAUUUUUGAUCUUCUUGAACAAGAAGCAGAGGAAACCAAGGAUACUGAUGUGAAAAUAACACCUGGUUUGGUAUUCACCCGAGGAGAUGCAGAUAUGGUUAGUGUGGUUAAAGCAGCCACAGUUUCUGAAUCAUGGAUAAGAAAGCACCAUUCACUUCCUUUAUGUCAGCUGACUGUUGAUCCUACGACUUUAACGGAAGUCCUCAGACUUCAUUUUCUCAGUUCUGGUGCAGCUCCUGCCAAGAGUAAAACAGCGAAAUGGAGAUAUCAAGCAAGAGGUGGAUAUUGUAACAAUGAUGAUCCUGGUGUUCUUUUUAAAUUGAGGAAACCACAAAUUAUUGAGAAGUUAGGACAAAGUAAUAUUUGUGAUUUUUCUAUCGAUGAAAAAGUCUCCAUUAUAAACUGUCUUAUGGAACAGAUCCUUACUUACUCUACACCUCGAGAUAUUGUUGAAGAAGGUUGCGAUAAAGCAAGAUCUGCUCGCAUAGAGCUAAGAUCUGUUAGAGCUGCUGAAGUUAGAAAAGGAAAGGAAGAAGCAAUGAGACUACCUGAAGCUUGUAUAUUGUUGGCUUGCUUUCCAGUUCCUUUCCUGUUAUCCUUUACAGCUAAAGGCAGUGAAAAAAGGUGUUGAACCAAUGCUGAAAGAGAAAGAAUCUGAAAAGUCAGCAGAUGCUGUGGCUCGAGAAUUAAGAUCUGGACAAGGUGCUCCUGGCAAGAGAGAUUUGCCCGAAAUUCUUAAAGAAAUUCGUAAAGCCCUAGCAGGUGCUCAGCUUGCUCCUCUCGGAACUGAUAGAGCUUACAGGAGAUUCUGGAUCUUCAGCUCGAUUCCUGGUCUUUUUGUCGAAGAAGGAGAUGAUGAACCCGGAUCUUGUCUACCCAAUGGUACCCCUUAUUUUCCCUCGGAUGGCGAAGGUGAAGAAGAUCAUUUAGCUUACAUUAGAAGGUUGUUCGAAGAAUCGUCAAAAGAUAAAGAGAAUGUGCCAGAUAGAGGUCCUCUUCAACGACUUAUGAGUCCAGGAAAAAGACAACAUCUUGGUGAAAAGAAUGGAGAUGAAAAUCAUCUCAAUCCAGAAGAAGAGGAUAAAAACCAUGAAUUGGAAAGAUCACGCCUCAUAUGCUCUGGCGAUUAUGAAACUUGUUAUGUUCAUGGCAAAAGUCGCUCAAAGAGAUGGUCAUUUUUUGAUGAUCCUAGCCAAAUAGACCAACUAAUUAAUAGCUUGAAUAGGAGGGGUAUCAGGGAGAAAAAGCUUCGACAGGCAUUGAUUCAGGAGAGGGAUGUUAUUAUUACCAGGCUUGCUACUUGCCCAGCCGAUAACAUAAACCAACUUGUCUCUAAUGGCGCGAAAAUAUUCACUGAAGUUCGAAAUAAAUCUAUGAAGCAGUAUGAUGUGGCAGCUCAAAAUUAUCCACCCGGUAUGGCUAUUGAUGAUAUUAUGGAAUCAUCACUCCGAGAUCUUAUUCUUGAAACUGAAGAAAAAAUAACUGGAGGAGCCUUGGGUUAUUUAGAUGUUAAAAGUCGAGAGCUAUGGAGGAAAGCUAUUCAGAACAAGGGCUAUGACCGCCAGUGUAAAAAACUGGUCUGGGGCAGCAACAUAUCGGAAGAUGACACAAACAUCAAAGCAGAACCAGAACCUAUGGAUGAAGAAAUUAAGAAAGAAGAUGAAGAAAGUCGGGCAUCUACACCGUCAUUGGAUGAUGCUCCUCCUGCUGUCUGGCCAGGUUUUCAAGAUGUUCCUCAAAGACCCGUCAUGUUUGAUAUGGCUUCAGCGAUAUUACAAAUAGCUCAGGGAGUUGAGCAUAAAUAUCUCAAGAGGCCAUUAGGUCUUGACCAAAAAGAAAGAGAAAGAGGAGAGAUGAAAAUUCCAACACCUGCUAUGGAACGGUGGGAGAAGGCUUUGAUGGAAUCUACAACUUUUCCACAGUUGUUUCUUUAUCUUUCAACUCUCGAGAAUUCAGUGUUAUGGGAACGUUCAGCCAUCAAUGCAUCUUGCCGUAUUUGCCGUAGAAUGAAGGACCCAGAAAGCAUGCUCCUCUGUGAUACUUGUAAUAAAGGACACCACAUGUACUGUCUAAAACCAAAACUUACAAGAAUACCAGCAGGUGACUGGCAUUGUCCUCGAUGUCAACGUAGCAAACCUUCGGAUAAACCUCCAACCCUUGCAAAGAAACGACGACUUUUCUCUGAAGAUUCAGAAGGAGAGGAGGAAAAUUUAGAAGAGAGUAUAUGUAAGGUUUGUGAGGAAAGUGGUGCUCAAUUGCAAUGUGGUACCUGUGAUUCACGACUUCAUCUAGGCUGUGUUGUGCCUCCUAUGAGGAGAGUUCCUAAAUCAAAGUGGUUCUGUCAUGAUUGUAGAAAUGCUAAUUCUCUUCAGAAUACAUCUACAAGUAAUCGAAAAUCUGCUGGUACCACAGAAAUAAAAGAAGAACCAGAGGAGGUUGACAUUAAGUGGGCUGUAAAGCAGGAACAAAAUACCAAUAGUAAGUCAAAACGCAGUGAUGUGUCAUCUAAGAAGGUCAGAGAAAGGGAACAUAAGGAGAAAGGAGCUGAAUCUCCCAAAAUAAAUGGCUAUGUUAAUGGAAUUAAAAGGCAUGCUGAUGAUGAGAACGGAGAUGAUGAAGGUGAUACAUCAGGUUCAAGGUCACGUAGAGAAAGGCGUAGCACAAGAAGAUCUGAGGGUAGAAAAGGUAGAGACCUGCCUCUGGAUAAUGCAGCACUACAGGAAAUCCUCGAUGUUCUCAUGCAUGAUCCCGAUGCUCCUCCUUUUCUUAGACCUGUUGCGAGAUCAGAGGCACCAGAUUACCAUGAAAUCAUUAAAAGGCCAAUGGAUUUUGGAACAAUAAAACACAAACUAAAUAUGCUUUCCUAUAGCAAGAACUCUGACCUCAUAGCAGAUGCUGAGUUACUCUUUGACAAUUGCUGUCUCUAUAAUGAAGAAGGCAGUGAUGUAUACAGGGCUGGUGAGAAGUUGAGGAAUUUAUUCUACAAUCUUUGUAAAGAGCACAACCUAACGAUUGGUGAUAACGAAGCUGUUGAUGGUGAACCACCUGUAAAGAAACUGAGGACAGUGCUUUGAAAAUAAUGAAGCUUGUUUGCCUUUCACUGAUCAUCGUAAUAAUAAAUUUUGUUCCACUCUUCCUGAAAUAUUAUAUUUUCAUCUACACAGACAGGAUCCUAAUUUUAUGCAUAGUUAUAUAUAUUUAUAGAAGAUAUGUAUCAUAAAAAAAAGAAAAAAAAAUCAGAGAAAGAAGAGAUUUUUAAAAUAAUUUAGGAGAGGAAAUAUCUUUGUAUAGUAACCAGGUGCAUGAUUUACUUUUUAUUUUAUUAUGUUUUAUUUUUAAACGUAUAAUUGGUUUUGUUCUUCAAUAUUAGUUUACCUGGCUAAUUGUUAGGUAUACUAUGUUUUGAAGGAGAAGUUGUAAAUAGUUAUUUGUAUGAAUGAAAGCCUUCUUCUUUUAUAUUGUCGCCAAGCGUAAAUCAUGACUUUUUAAUGUGUACUAUUUAUAUGUUUAUUUAUAUGUAGCACGUUGUGUUAUUUUCUUUAUCAGUUAAAUAAAAUUAAUUGUUCCAUAAAUUAUGUAAAUAUGCCUUAUUUUUACUUAUUUAUUUUUAAUCAGUUUUAUGACUUCAAAUAUUUCUGAAUGUUCAUUAUUCUUUUCUUUUUUUAAAAUAAAUUUUAUCAUAAUCGAUUUUAUGUAAUAGCUAUAUCCUUCAAUGGACUUAUACUUUAAAAAACCAAAACAUUAAAACUUAUUUUUGCUUAAAUGUUCAUUUGUACUUGUGUAGGUAAUGUAGAAACAAGAGGCUAGUGAGUAGUGAUUAAUUUAAUAUUAGUAUUUGUACAUAACACAUUUCAUCACGAGUAUUAUAAAAUUUUACAUCACUGUUAACUUUCUUUCAUAUCUUGUUUCAUGACCAAGCUUGAAAAUAUCGGACAUUUGUUUAUCAAAUUAUUGUCCGAUUUAGGAUAUAUUGUUUCAAUGUAAAUAACACAAAAUUUUCAUAUCAUUUUUAUAUAUUUUUUAAAAAGAUAUUUUUUAUGUAUAAUCCCCAAUCCCUUAAAAAUUUACUAACUUGUUUUUAUUGCAAUUUGGUUUAGUUAUAGGCAGAAAAUAGAUUUUAUAUUGUUAUAAAUUCUUAAAAUGUGCACUUAAAAAAAGUUUUAAAAUAUUGAUAGUAAUUAUAAUUCAUUAUGAUCCUCUCAGUUACCUAAGUAAAAAAUAAGCAUGCAUUCUCAAUAAACUUUUUUGUUUUUUAUAUUUCACUUAGGGCAUCUUAUAUCUGUUGAGAAAUGAUAUUACAGCUACUUAUCAAGUAAUCAAGGAAGAAUGUAUAAGGCUUUUAAUGGUCUGAUAAAAAAAAUACAUAGCAGUUGGUAAAAGAAUAGCUUUUCUCAUCCUGAUGCAUUAAAUAAUUAAACCUACUUUUUUAAAGCUAGGAGACUAACAAAUAAAAGCUGCAAUGCAUGUAUGUAAUGUGAUAUAAACAAAAAUAUUGACAGUAAAUCAUGGGUAAUUACAUUUAAAAUGCCCAUUAAAGAGAUUGAUUUCAAAUAAUACAUUAGAAGGAAAUAAUAACAGUGCCUUAGUAAAAAAACUAAUUUUCAGAACGCACAAUUCAAAUAGAAUGAAGGAAGUCCUUUUAAAAUAUAUGUUAAAACUUUCCAUUUAGUUUCCACUAAAUAAUAAAAUAGGGGCCGGUAUAGCUAAGUGGUUAGUGUGCUAUACUAGUAAAGUUAAAAUCAUAAGAUCGAAUCCUGGCCCUACUUCCCAAUAUGGCUGCUCCCCGUGGGAAGUUGGACCAUAUACCCCCUUAAAUAGGGGAGGCCUACAAGUUUUAAGACUUGUAUGAACAGGCUGUAAAUAAAAAUAAAAAAAGCAGAAACUAUUAACUACAAUAAUUUUUUGUUACUCUCCUUUUCUAUUGCUUAUGAGCAAUGUGUUAAGAUAUUUAUUUUUGUAAUACAUCUAAGCUUAGUUAAAAUUCAGUUAAAGGUAUUUUAGAGGAAGUACCUAUAAUUUAUAUACCUAAUAUAAUAGUAUACCUAGGAAUACCUAUAAUUUUUAAUGAUCCUUCUCCCCAUUUUAAUGUUGGUGUUAUUAGGCUCGAGUGACCACAGAUCAUAGAUUAGUAAACUCUGAAACCUUUUUAAAUUUAUGAAGCCCAACAGAAACUCACCUCGCUUGGGAAUUUCUUCUGUUACCAUGUUCUUUGUUUUGAAUUCAUUAACUUUCUGGUCUAAGUACGCUGGCUGUACCUGCCAGUGCCAGAAAAGUACACACCAGUCCUGUCCUGAAGGGAGGAAUUGGUUUUACAUUCACCUCUCAACAAUGGUGUAUAUACAGAACAUAUGGUCUGAUAUGAAUCUUAUCUAAAUCAGCUGCUAUGAACUGAGUUCGAUUUACACUCAAUAUAUGGCAUUUUGUUUUAUUUUUAAUUAAUUAUCAAUUGCUCUGCCUUCAAGAACAGCUAUAUCAUUCACUUUCACUAAUAUUUUACGGAUCUCUACUGUACUUUUCCAUUUUCACUUUAUAUCCUUAUCAAAGAUUUUAUUCUAUUACCUAAAUUGAAGAGAGUCCAUCUCCCUUUCCAAGGCUGUAUCAGAACACUGUAUUUAGAAUCAUUUGGGUAUGCAUUUAAUGAUAUCUGUUUCCUGUGAAGUUUAAGCUCAGUAUUGAUCGGGAUCAAAUGCUGCAUUGAAAUAGACAAAUAAGAUGUCCAUAUCCUGAACUUUCUAAUACUCUCAAGCAUUAUGUAUCUUGUUAUGAACGCUUCUGAAUCAUGCUUGAUGAUCUCAAACUAUGUUAUAUUUCAUUUUUUGCCAAUUAUAUUAUAUUUUACAUUCUAGGCAACUGGAAGGAGUCCUAGAUGUUAUUUAAUACCACAAUAUAUCUUGUAGCCUUUGUUUAGAAAAAAGUUAUAUGUUUUGAUAUUAUGUCAUCCCAGAGUACCUGUAUUUUCAGCAAAAUAACUACAAUAAAUUAUCAAAAAGCUUUAAUUUAUUUUUUAUAUGGUCUGGGAGGUAUUAUAGUACAUUAGUCAUAAAAAUAUCUAUUUUAUUUAUUUAAAAAAAUGCUUUUACAAAAUUUCAUCCUAAUUGAUUAUGAACUAGUGUUUUUUACACAAAGCUCCUAUGAUAUGAUAAAUGACCAACUAAUUGUAAUCAUAAUAUUUAUGUUUCCUUAUUAAAG